AUGCCUUCGAAGCCAAAAUCGGAAGCAGAAGAAGCGGCGGCGGCGAAAGCUGCCAAGUUAGAGGAACGUGCUAAUGCGGCGGCACAAGCAGCGGCCGAUGCAGCGGAAGCAGCCGAAGCGGCCUUACAUCCAGAACUAGCAAAGAGUCCAACCUAUUCGUGUAUUAGUUAUGAACUCUUUGUAGGCGGUGAGAAGGGCAAUGAUGACAACAAUAAGGAGAAAAUGUCGAUACGCAGUGUCGAAGUGGAGUCGGAGUCGGUGAGCGUUAUACAAAGACAACCAGCACCUACUUCAGCACCCGCUACCAAAGUUCGUAAAGUUAGCACGACAUCCUUAUCCUUACCUGGUUCACCGUUUAACAUACGCAGGGGAUCACGUAGUUCACAUAAGCAACUACUAACAAAAAAUUCAAACAAAAAACCACCUCAGUAUACAAUACGGAAUGGGCGAGGACGUUUUGGCAUACCAGGAAGCGAUCGAAAGCCGCUCGUACUGUCAACAUAUCAAGAUGCACAACAGCAUUUGCCUUAUGCAGAUGACUCCAAUGCGGUAACACCGAUGUCUGAGGAAAAUGGUGCUAUUAUUGUGCCAGUUUAUUAUGGCAAUUUAGGUUCUAGACAUUCAUCUUAUACCUCGCAUCAGUCAAGAAUAUCGUAUACAUCGCAUAAUGAUUUGCUUGGUGGUAUGGCAGCCUUGGGUGCCAGUACGAUGACCAAAGAAAGUAAAUUAAGAAAUCGAAAUACGCGACAUCAAUCGGGUGCUGCCUCGAAUGGUACAAAUUAUAUGGAUAAUAAUCAUAAGGAACAACAUCGAGAUUACGAAUUGGGCCUUGAAUGUACUGAUGAUGCCGGAAAAAUAAAACACCACGACAAUCCUUUUAUCGAGCCCGUCCAAACGCAAACGGUGGUCGACAUGAAAGAUGUGAUGGUCUUAAACGACAUAAUAGAGCAAGCCGCUGGUCGGCAUAGUCGCGCUAGUGACCGAGGCGGUAAGUAA